GGAAGGCGUGACCUGAAUGGAGAAUGCCAGCCAAUUCCAGAGACACACAGGGACCUCAGAACAAAGAUAAGGCAUCGCUGACACCACACCAGGGACGAGCUCAUAGACAAGUCAGGCCGGGGGGGAACAAGGCCAGGCAGCCAGGAGCACCCAAGGCAGGAAAAUGAGGUGGCUCCUUCUCUGUCAUGCUCUAUGCUUCUCCUUGUUGAAGGCUUUGGCCCACACUGUGGAGCUCAACAACAUGUUUGGCCAGAUUCAGUCGCCUGGCUAUCCAGACUCCUACCCGAGUGAUUCAAAAGUGACUUGGAAUAUCACUGUCCCAGAGGGAUUUCGGAUCAAGCUUUACUUCAUGCACUUCAACUUGGAAUCCUCCUACCUUUGUGAAUAUGACUACGUGAAGGUAGAAACUGAAGACCAGUUGCUGGCAAUCUUCUGUGGAAGGGAGUCCACGGACACUGAGCAUACCCCUGGCCAGGAAGUGGUCCUCUCCCCUGGCUCCUUCAUGUCCAUCACUUUCCAGUCAGAUUUCUCCAAUGAGGAGCGAUUCACAGGCUUUGAUGCCCACUACAUGGCUGUGGAUGUGGACGAGUGUACAGAGCGGGAGGACGAGGAGCUGUCCUGUGACCACUACUGCCACAACUACAUCGGCGGCUACUACUGCUCCUGCCGCUUUGGCUACAUCCUCCACACGGACAACAGGACCUGCCGAGUGGAGUGCCAUGACAACCUCUUUACCCAGAGGACCGGUGUGAUCACCAGCCCCGACUUUCCCAACCCUUACCCUAAGAGCUCCGAAUGCUUCUAUGGGAUCGAACUGGAGGAGGGUUUCGUGAUCAGCCUGCAGUUUGAGGACAUUUUUGACAUUGAGGACCAUCCAGAAGUGCCCUGCCCCUAUGAUUAUAUCAAGAUUAAUGCUGGUCCAAAAGUUUUGGGACCCUUCUGUGGAGAGAAAGCCCCAGAACCCAUCAAUACACAGACCCAUAGCGUCCAGAUCGUGUUCCGUAGUGACAACUCAGGCGAGAACCGAGGGUGGAGACUCUCAUAUAGUGCAACAGGGAAUGAGUGCCCAGGGCUCCAGCCUCCUGUCCACGGGAAAAUCGAGCCCUUGCAAGCCAAGUAUUUCUUCAAAGACCAGGUGCUCAUCAGCUGUGACACAGGCUACAAAGUGCUAAAGGAUAAUGCGGAGAUGGACACAUUUCAGAUCGAAUGUCUGAAGGAUGGGACAUGGAGUAACAAGAUUCCCACCUGUAAAAUUGCAGACUGUGGAGACCCAGCAGAGCUGGAACAUGGGCUGAUCACCUUCUCCACCAGGAACAACCUCACCACAUACAAAUCUGAGAUCAGAUACUCCUGCCAGCAGCCCUACUACAAGAUGUUCCACAAUAUCACAGGUAUAUACACCUGUUCUGCCCAAGGAGUCUGGAUGAAUGAAGUCCUGGGGAGAGACCAACCCACCUGCCUGCCAGUGUGCGGCCAGCCCUCCCGCUCCCUGCCAAACCUGGUCAAGCGGAUCAUCGGGGGCCGGAAUGCUGAGCCCGGCCUCUUUCCCUGGCAGGCCCUGAUAGUGGUGGAAGAUACCUCGAGGGUGCCAAACGACAAGUGGUUUGGGAGUGGGGCCCUGCUCUCUGAGUCCUGGAUCCUCACGGCAGCCCACGUGCUGCGCUCCCAGCGCAGGGACAACACAGUGACACCAGUCUCCAAGGAGCACAUCACUGUCUACCUGGGCCUGCAUGACAUACGGGACAAAUCGGGGGCUGCCAACAGCUCCGCUGCCCGCGUGGUGCUUCACCCAGACUUCAACAUCCAGAACUACAACCAUGACAUAGCUCUGGUGCAGCUUCAGGAGCCUGUGCCCCUGGGGCCCCACAUCAUGCCCAUCUGCCUGCCGAGGCCCGAGCCCGAAGGCCCGGCGCCCCACACGCUGGGCCUGGUGGCUGGCUGGGGCAUCUCCAAUCCUAACGUGACAGUGGAUGAGAUCAUCAGCAGUGGCACGCGGACCUUGUCAGAUAUUCUUCAGUAUGUCAAGUUACCUGUGGUGCCACACGCCGAGUGCAAAACCAGCUAUGAGUCCCGCUUGGGCAACUACAGUGUCACCGAAAACAUGUUCUGUGCCGGCUACUAUGAAGGUGGCAAGGACACAUGCCUUGGAGACAGCGGUGGGGCCUUUGUCCUCCUUGAUGACUUAAGCCAAAGCUGGGUGGCCCAAGGCCUGGUGUCCUGGGGGGGACCUGAAGAAUGUGGCAGCAAACAGGUCUAUGGGGUCUACACAAAGGUCUCCAACUAUGUGGACUGGGUGUGGGAGCAGAUGGGCUCCCCGCAAGGUCUGGGGGAGCUCCAGGUGGAACGGUGAACUGACUGACCUCCUCAGGGCCUGCCUGCCCUGCCCCAGCCCGAGUGAGGCUGACCGCACACUUCCGAUGGCACACUCCAUGUUACUCACCAGACUAGAUGGGAUGGGACAUGCUGCUCCCCACCUCCUGAGAAAGCCCCAGGACCCUGAGAGGCAGAAGUGUGAUGUAGGGGGAAAGUUUCUACCCGAGAGUCCUGGGUCCAUGGUCCUGGGCAAGUCCCUUCCCUUCUUCAGGCCUCACUGUCCUCAGCAAUACAAGGGAGCUAGAUGUCUGGGCCAGUCCUAGUACCCCGCUCCAGGGCUGCUUUUCCCAGUGAUCUUAUUCACGCCUAUUCAAUUAUCACACCCACUGUUGGUGUAACUGGGCUAGAUUGUUAGAAAAUGUUUCCAUACAUUGAGCUUAAUUCUGAGUUCAUGCAUUUUCCCAGCUCUGCCCUCUGGGCACAGAGAAGUCUAGUUCCUCCUCUAGGAGAAACCACUCAGUUUGGGGGAAAUAGGGAUCAUGUCCCAGAAGCCCCUCACUCCUUGUGUACCCACUGCAGUACUCUUAUCCCUGGGGUUUCUCUCCCCAAAGCUUCUUGCAGUCCAGGCCUUAGCCCUUACGUUCCCUGCUAAAGGAAUUUUAAAGGACAAAGAGAAAGCUGGGAAGGUUUGGGGGAUUGGGGGGAGACAAUAGCAGUGGGAGGCUGUUAAAGUCCUAUUGUCAGCUCAGAACAUGUCAUUUGGGCCCAUAUGUUACACUCCAAUACCAGCUGAUAACACAGUGUGUCCACACUUGCCACUCCAGACAAGCACAAAGCAACCUUCCAGCCUUGAAACGCAGCAUCUGAAAAGGCUUCCUGAGCCCCAGCCCCAGGCAUGAAGACUCACCUGGAAUGCUUGGGAAAAGAAAGCCCACACUGUGCCCUGCUGUGCUUCUGGGCAGGAAAAUGGAAGAAGAAUGGGCUCAGGACAUUAGGAGUGACCUGAUCCCACCAGGCUGCACAGCAGGCUGAGCUCUUCAGAAAACUCAUGCAACAUGGAUGUUCAGAGGAAUGCACUCCUCUGGCUUCCAGGAGCCAGUGAAGCAAGGCGGAAACUUGCCCAUGAAAGUCAGUGAGAAGAGACAGAGAGAGUCAAGAGUCCUGGGCUCUAGCCCCAGCUCUGCCCACAACUGGCUGUAUAACCUUUAACAAACCACUUUCCAUCUCUGGGCCUCAGUUUCCCCAUCAAUAAAAGAAAGGCAUUAGAUCCCGCUCAGAGUCCUUCCACCUCCAUUACUCAGUGCUUCCGAUUGCCAGCAGCCUCUCCCUGACCCUCACGGCGCUGAUGUCUGCCUCCCCCCAGAGCUCGCUGUCCUGGGAUUCUCCAACACAGAAAGGCAGCCAGAGAAGCCCCUGAGAAGGAUUCCAAGAGAACAAUUGGGAAGCGUCCACUUUUCUAAUCGGCUCAUGAAACCACACUCCUAUGUCUAUGAACGGUGUAUGUAGAGGGUGCUAUAUAGUAUAUAUUUUAUAUCACAAGCUUCACUGCUCUGUAAGGUGCCUCUGCACUCUGUUUCUCCUGUCCGGGUUCUAAAGUGGAAAUAAAACCUCCGCGGAUAAUCAACAGCC